AUGUUGUCCACCAGCGGGAAUGAGCCCAUGGAGGAGAAAGAGCUCAGCCACAGCUUGAAGAGGAGUCUGAGAGCCUAUUCAGGCUGCUCCCGAGGAGGCAAGGAGCAAGAAGAGCUGGAUUCAGCCAAGACUGUGGUUAUGCUGGGCGAGUGCGGUGAGGCGCCCAGCACCUUCUCUAAGCCAGGCACGGCCUUCUCUCUCCGAGACUCCCGGAUUUGCCCUCGAAUCCGCCCCUGGGCCAAGCGCUCCCCGCCCCGACACAAGCCCAUCCUGGAGACUUCCCGCAGUGUAGAGACACUGCCCGGUGGAGACCCCGGGGCGGAGCCUGAGAGGGGGCGUCGGCCCGGCCCGCCCCCUCCACAGUUGGAGUUUGGGGUUGGCCGUGGUGUCCUCUCUGGUGACCGGCCUCGGCUGGGCCUGGUCCAGCCAUGGCCUUCUGACCGCAGUGGGCUCUGGACGGAGGAAUUUGAGUUCCUGAUCACAGGACGGAAGGCGGCAGCAACCCUGCUGCCUGCUAUCCGGGUGGCCUGCACGGGGUCCUGCAAGGUCUCCAGCAAGGCCAACGACACGGCGUGGGCGGCGGAGGAGGGCUAUUUCAACAGCGCUCUGUCCCUGGCCGACAAGGGGAGCCUGCCUGCUGGAGAGCACAGCUUCCCCUUCCAGUUCUUGCUUCCUGCCACAGCUCCCACGUCCUUUGAGGGCCCUUUUGGGAAGAUUGUGCACCAGGUACGGGCCACCAUCGACACACCACGUUUUUCCAAGGAUCACCAGUGCAGCCACGUGUUCUACAUCUUGAGCCCCCUGAACCUGAAUAGCAUCCCAGACAUCGAGCAACCCAAUGUGGCCUCCAUCACCAAGAAGUUCUCCUACAAGCUGGUGAAGACAGGCAGCGUAGUCCUCACCGCCAGCACCGACCUCCGAGGCUACGUGGUGGGGCAGGUGCUGCGGCUGCAGGCUGACAUUGAGAACCAGUCAGGCAAGGACACCAGCCCUGUGGUGGCCAGUCUGCUGCAGAAAGUGUCCUACAAGGCCAAGCGCUGGAUUUAUGACGUGCGGACCAUUGCCGAGGUGGAGGGCGCCGGCGUCAAGGCCUGGAGGCGGGCUCAGUGGCAAGAGCAGAUCCUGGUGCCUGCCCUGCCCCAGUCUGCCCUGCCGGGCUGCAGCCUCAUCCACGUGGACUACUACCUGCAGGUCUCCCUGAAGACGCCGGAAGCUAUCGUGACCCUCCCGGUCUUCAUCGGCAACAUCGCUGUGAACCACGUCCCACUGAGCCCCCGGCCAGGCCAAGGCCUGGUGGUGCCCUCAGCGCCACCCCAGGAGGAGGCGGAGGCUGUGGCUGGUGGCCCCCACUUCUUCUCGGACCCUGUCUCCCUCUCCACCAAGAGCCACUCACAGCAGCAGCAGCCGCCUGCAGCCCUCGACUCUGUGCCUGGGGCCCCUGAACCCCAUCCUCAGGAUGGUAGCCCUGCCCCCCACCCGUUGCCCCCUCCCUUGUGCAUCUCCACAGGUGCCACCGUGCCCUACUUUGCAGAGGGUUCUGGAGGGCCGGUGCCCACGACCAGUACCUUGAUCCUCCCGCCUGAGUAUACCUCGUGGGGCUACCCCUAUGAGGCCCCGCCAUCCUAUGAGCAGAGCUGUGGCGGUGUGGACCCUGGCCUGACCCCAGGGAGCUGACCCCAUGUCGCCUUCUCUGGACGGGCGGACCUACGCCCUGGGACUAGGCUCCCAGGGCCUCGUGCCUUCGCUCCCGGCCUGGCCCGGCCCACUCAGGACCCGCCGCUGCCCGCCGUUCCCUGCGGCCUCUGCCUCCGGACCAGCUUCUGCCCCGACCAGCCUCCGCAGCCCCCCUGUAGUCGGCCUCUCCCCGGGGGUUGGGGCCUAGAGAAACUUGGUGUAAAUAAAAAGCUUCAUUUGUA